AUGGAGAAAGACGACUCCGAUGUGGAGUUCGAGCCCAUCACUACCAGAACGGCGACAGUUGAGGAGGAGAGAGAAUAUGAGACCAUCAACGAGCUCAACCGCAUCGCUUCCAGCAGAAUUGGAAGAGCUGUCUCGGCCCUCUCAGCUUCAGGAAAGAAAAAUGAUCCCCGACUGGAUCCCAAGAGCCCCCAAUUCGAUCACUACAGAUGGGCCCAAACGGUCUUGGAUCAGAUGCACGAGGAGGGAAUCGAAGCUCCCCAACAGAGUGUAGUCUUCAAGGAUCUCUCUAUCAGCGGAAGUGGAGCGGCAAUCCAAUAUCAGGAAACCCUGACGUCCGUUCUUGCAGUUCCCUUCCGUUCUGCCACACGAGCCUUGUCCGGACACCGUGCCCAACCACGCCGGAUCUUGCAAAGUUUCGACGGCUUGCUCGAAGCCGGUGAGCUGUUGCUUGUCCUUGGUCGCCCAGGAAGCGGUUGUACAACCUUCCUCAAGACAAUUACCGGCCAUCUUGGAGGAUUGACUAUGGACCCGAACAGCACCAUACACUAUGACGGCAUUUCCUUCGAUGAUAUGAUCAAACACCACCGCGGUGAAGUUGCAUACAACAAAGAGGUCGAACUUCAUUUCCCUCACCUUACAGUUGGCCAGACCCUCUCGUUCGCCGCUCACUCCAGGGCUCCUCACAAGCGACUCGAAGGAAUAAGCCGUGCCGAAUUCUGCGAGACACUUGUUCAGGUAGUGAUGUCUGUAUUUGGGUUGUCUCAUGCCGUCAACACCAAGGUCGGCAACGAAUUCGUGCGUGGUGUAAGUGGAGGUGAGCGAAAGCGAGUCAGUAUUGCGGAAAUGUUCCUCAGCCGCUGUCGUUUGGGAGCCUGGGACAACAGCACACGUGGUUUGGAUGCCGCCUCUGCUCUUAGGUUUGUCCGAUCACAGCGUCUUGCAGCUGACAUGGGAAAGUCUUGCCACGCCAUCGCUGCCUAUCAAGCCUCUCAGUCUAUGUAUGAUCUAUUCGAUAAGGUCGUUGUCCUUUACGAGGGAUAUCAGAUCUACUACGGCCCCCGGGAACGAGCUGUCUCUUACUUCGAGGACCAAGGAUGGCAGAGACCGGAACGUCAGGUAUCAGGAGAUUUCCUUACCGCCAUCACCAACCCUAACGAGCGAAGCACCCGUCCUGGUAUGGAAUCCAAGGUGCCGCGCACCGCAAAGGAAUUCGGCGAGUUCUGGAAGAACAGCCCAGAGUACAAAUCUUUGCGUCAACAGAUCACGACCUUUGAAUCCCAGCAUGCUCCCAGCAGUGAGGCUACCAAACAAUUCCAGGCCAGCCACGAAGAACAACAAGCUCGUCACACGCGAUCUCGCAGUCCGUAUUUGCUUUCGGUCCCUAUGCAAAUUCGACUCUGUACUGUUCGCGCCUACCAGCGAAUGGUCAACGAUCUUCCCACUGCAUUGUCUCCGCUUAUUGUUCAGUUAAUUCUGGCUUUGAUUAUCGGUUCCGUCUUCUACAAUACCCCUGACACUUCAAGCUAUUUCUUCCAAAAGGGCGCCGUGUGCUACUUUGCUGUUCUUAUGAAUGCCUUGCUCACCAUUAACGAAAUUUUGCAACUCUACAGCCAGCGUUCAAUUGUCGAAAAACAGGCUGGCUAUGCAUUUGUUCACCCGUUUACCGAGGCUCUCGCCAGUAUCAUCAUCGAUUUGCCGAUUAAACUUGUGCGGCUUUCCGUCUUCAGUAUUGUGCUCUACUUCAUGGCGAAUCUGCGCCAAGAGGCAGGAAACUUCUUCGUCUUCUAUUUGUUCCUAAUUGUCGCGGUCUUGACCAUGUCUGGUCUCUUCCGCAGUUUGGGAGCACUCACAAAGUCGGUUGGACAGGCCAUGGCUAUGGCUGGUGUUCUUGUUCUGUGCAUUGUUGUCUACACGGGAUUCACCUUGCCACAGCCCUAUAUGCACCCUUGGUUCUCCUGGAUUCGGUGGAUCAAUCCAAUUUACUAUACUUUCGAGGCUCUCAUUGCCAAUGAAUUCCAUGGGAAAAAUUACGCUUGUUCGUCCAUGAUCCCAAGCUAUGGCACUGGAACGAACUUUGUGUGCUCUGCUGUGGGAUCAGUGGCUGGUCAGUCAUACGUUAAUGGUGAUGAUUUUAUCGCUGAUAACUACGAGUACUACUACUCUCACGUGUGGCGGAAUUUUGGAAUCCUGAUUGCUUUCAUGAUCUUUUUCAACGCGCUUUACUUGACAGCCACGGAGUUUAUCUCUCGUGACACAUCCAAGGCCGAAGCCCUGGUCUACCGCCCUGGCCAUGUUCCCCAGCAUAUUCGAGACAGCCAAGAUUCGGAGUCUGGAGGGGGUGAUCUGACGAAACUCGAAGUACAACGCACCCACGACGAUAUCCGUCUGCCAGAGCAGACUGACAUUUUCUCUUGGAAAUCACUUCAAUACGAAAUUCCUGUGAAGGAGGGUACUCGUCGUUUGCUGGAUGAUGUCAACGGCUGGGUUAAGCCAGGAACAUUGACUGCAUUGAUGGGAGUUUCUGGCGCUGGAAAAACCACUCUGUUGGAUGUUCUUGCGCAGCGAGUGUCAAUCGGUGUCGUCACUGGUGAUAUGUUUGUGAAUGGCAAGGUACCGGCCGCAAACUUCCCCCGGAGAACUGGAUACGUUCAACAGCAGGAUCUCCACAUGGACACCACAACCGUUCGAGAGGCCCUUCGAUUCAGUGCAUUGCUCCGCCAGCCAAAAUCUGUGUCCAAGCAGGAAAAGUAUGAAUAUGUGGAACAGGUCAUCCAGGUUCUUGGCAUGGAGGAUUUCGCGGAAGCUAUCGUGGGUACUCUCGGAGAAGGUCUCAACGUUGAGCAGCGUAAGCUUCUCAGUAUCGGAGUUGAGCUUGCUGCAAAGCCCACUCUUCUCAUCUUCCUUGACGAGCCCACCAGCGGUCUGGACUCUCAGAGUUCAUGGACAAUUUGUCAAUUCUUGAGACGACUUGCAGACCAUGGUCAGGCUGUGUUGGCAACUAUUCACCAACCUAGUGCGACAUUGUUCCAGACGUUUGACCGUCUUCUCUUCCUUGCCAAGGGUGGCAGAACAGUUUACUUUGGUGAUGUUGGAGAGCAAUCCGCAACACUCCUCGAGUACUUUGAGCGCAAUGGAGCCCGACCUUGUGAGACUUUGGAAAACCCAGCUGAGUAUAUCCUUGAUAUGGUGGCUGGAGAUGGCUGCCCUGAUGUCGAUUGGGUCCAAGCCUGGAAGAAAAGUCCAGAAUGCCAGGAAGUUAUUGCAGAAGUCGAUCGUCUCCAUUCUAUCAAGGGACCUGGAGGUGAACAGCCUACCCAUGACGAAGGUGAUGACGAUACUGCCGAGUUUGCUAUGCCUCUGGGGACCCAGCUCUGGGUCGUCCUUAGCCGAUGCUUCCAGGCCUAUUACCGCCGACCUGACUAUAUCUACUCCAAGUUCAUCCUCGGUAUUGUCAGCGGUCUUUUCAUUGGCUUUUCCUUCUACGGUGCCGACGACUCUAUGCAGGGCUUCCAGAACGCACUCUUCAGUAUCUUCCUCCUUUGCACCAUCUUCAACUCCCUCGCCAACGCCAUCAUGCCGAACCUGGUAGCCCAACGAUCCCUUUACGAGGUCCGCGAACGGCCAUCCAGAACCUAUUCGUGGCAGGUAUUCAUCAUUUCGCAAAUCCUAGUAGAAGUCCCCUGGCAGUUCUGCCUGGGUGUCUGCUCCUGGGCCUCGUUCUACUGGGCCGUCUUCGGCGCCAACCAAACCUCGGAACAAACUGGAAUUGUUCUGCUCUACAUUUGCCAAUUCUUCAUGUACGCGGCCAGCAUGGCCCAAUUCGUCGUUUGCGCCAUCCCUGAGCCCGCUCUUGCUGCCAUGGUAGCAACCCUCAUGUUCGGUCUCUCGUUCAUCUUCAACGGAGUCAUGCAGCCCCCCAGCGACCUUCCUCGCUUCUGGAUUUUCAUGUAUCGCGUAUCCCCAUUCACCUACUACAUCGCCGGUAUCAGUGGCACAGCUCUCCAUGGUCGUGAAGUGACGUGCAGCAGCGUUGAACUCGACAUUUUCGACCCACCUUCCGGUCAAACUUGCCUCGAGUACAUGGCGGAUUACCUUCAAUCUGCUUCGGGUGCCAUUUACAACCCCAAUGCCACUUCCAACUGUGAAUAUUGCAGUAUGAAAUCUGCGGAUCAGUACCUUGCUGCCCGGGAGAUUUAUUACGAUGAUCGCUGGCGUGAUUAUGGAAUCUUCUGGUGCUACUUCGUUUUCAACGUUGCUUGCAGUGUGUUGGUUUACUACCUUUUCAGAGUCCGGACCUCCAAGGCGAAGGUCUCAAGAGGCAAGGCUGCUGCUUAA